UCCGAGGCGGGGCGAGCGGGGCGAGCGGCGCGAGUGCGGGUGAGGGUCGCUGUGGAUCCGCGGGCACUCCAGCCCCAGCCGCGCCUGCGAGUCUCUGCCCGCCGCCCGGCGGACUGAGGGAAGCGGGGAAGGCGGCGGCGGUGGGGGCGGGGCGGCGGCGGGCCUUGGGCGAGCUCGGGGAGGAGCGCGGCAGCGACGGCGGCGGCUCCCGAGGACGAGGACGAGGAGGAGGCGGAGGCUCUUCUUUUCCUCAUCCCAGACCCAGGAGCGUCCGGGACGCAGAGCCCGGAACUGGGGGACGCGGCGACUGCAGGGAGCCCGGGCUAGAAUCUCUCUGGAAAAAAGAUAUGACUGUCUGCAAUGAUACAUCCUGACAAGAAGUUGAUGCCAGAAAAGGAAAAGAAAUUAACAGCUAGUGAACAGAAUUUUAAACAACCAGGAUUUUGCAUUUGUUGCUUCUAACUACAGACUUCUGUUGCCCACUUUUUAAAUUAGCAGGGUUCCCAGAACUAGGACAAAGAUAAUUUCUUCUGUAUUUUUUUUUUUUUUUUUUUUGACAUUGAGAAAAUUGCAAUGUCUAGGAAACAAAGCCAGAAGGAUUCAUCAGGAUUCAUUUUUGAUUUGCAGUCCAAUACUGUGCUGGCCCAGGGAGGAACUUUUGAGAACAUGAAGGAAAAAAUAAACGCAGUACGUGCAAUAGUUCCUAAUAAGAGCAACAAUGAAAUCAUCCUGGUUUUGCAGCACUUUGAUAAUUGUGUGGACAAAACAGUUCAAGCAUUCAUGGAAGGCAGUGCCAGUGAAGUACUCAAAGAAUGGAUAGUAACAGGCAAGAAAAAGAACAAAAAGAAGAAAAGCAAACCAAAACCUGCAUCAGAAGCACAUAGCAGUGCCCCAGAGUCCAGUAAGUCGAUACCCAUUCAAGAAGAACAGCCUGCAUCUUCAGAAAAAGGUUGCAUUAAUGGUUACCACAUUAAUGGUGCCAUCAAUGAUGCUGAGUCUGUGGACUCACUCAGUGAAGGUUUGGAGACACUUUCAGUAGAUGCCAGAGAACUGGAGGAUCCUGAGUUUGCUACACCAGAUACACUGGAUAGAACUGAUAAUUCACCCCACACUGCUCCAAACCACUAUCCUCUUUCUUGGACAGGCUCUGUGCUGGAGAAUGGUGUGUCUGACUUCGAGCCCAAAUCUUUGACAACACACUCUAUUCCGAAUGCCCAGCAGUCCCGGAAUGCUGCCAAAUCUCUCUCAAGAGCCACCACAGGAGCCCAGGUUUCAAAUCUGGGAAUGGAAAAUGUUCCACUGUCUUCCACCAAUAAAAGACUAGGUUCUAAUAUUGAGAAGUCUGUAAAAGACCUUCAACGCUGCACAGUGUCUCUUGCUCGAUACCGAGUUGUAGUUAAAGAAGAGAUGGACGCGUCCAUUAAGAAAAUGAAACAAGCUUUUGCUGAAUUGCAAAGCUGUUUAAUGGAUCGAGAAGUGGCAUUGCUUGCUGAAAUGGACAAAGUGAAAGCUGAAGCAAUGGAAAUCCUGCUCAGCCGGCAGAAGAAAGCAGAAGUUCUGAAGAAGAUGACAGACGUGGCUGUGCGCAUGUCGGAGGAGCAGUUGAUUGAACUAAGGGCUGAUAUCAAGCACUUUGUUAGUGAACGGAAAUAUGAUGAAGAUCUGGGAAGAGUAGCCCGGUUCACCUGUGAUGUGGAGACCCUGAAACAGAGUAUUGAUUCAUUUGGACAAGUGUCCCAUCCAAAGAACAGCUAUUCAACCAGAUCUCGAUGCAGCUCAGUGGUAUCUGUGUCCUUGAGCGGCCCUGGUGAGGUGUCUGCUGCUUCUUCUUCCCCCUGUGCCUCUGCUCCCAGCCUUCCAGGUGCUAACAGGAGAAACUGUGCCCCAGAAGAGACUUCAGCAGCCAUGGCAGACUCCAGUGACAAGUCCUGCCAGGCUCAUCAGGAGGUAUUUCCAGGCAACAGGCGAGGAGGACAAGGCUACAGGCCACAAAGCCAGAAGACCACUGACCCCACAAACCAAGGGCGGCAUGACAGUGCAGGUCGUUACAGAAACAGCUCGUGGUAUUCAUCCGGGUCCAGGUAUCAGAGUACUCCACCUCAGGCCCCAGAAAACAAUAGUGAAUGGAGCCAGGCUUACUCUGCAGGGACCAAUGGAACUGGAGCCAGUAUGGCAUCUAGCCCACCCAAGCCUUCAUUCAAAAAGGGGCUCCCACAGCGCAAACCGAGGACCUCUCAGGCCGCAGCUGUGAACUCUUGAGGGAAAUUCCAGUCGGCCUCUCUCUUCUAUCCCAUUUGGUUCAACCUAGUAACUGGACUUUAGGAAAUGUAUACUUAGAUAUGAUAACAAAAAAGAGAUUUAUGCAUACCACUUUGGGCCAUCCUAAAUAUUUUUUGGUUUCUUCUCUCAUUAUUUUUUGAGGGAAAGCUAUUUUUCCUUGGCCUUUCCUAGUGAUAUGGACUGAUUCAGUUGGUCAUUUUCACCAGGAACCAGGGCAACUAUUGUCAAUUUUCCCAAGGGUAAGCAGCCUUUCUCCCAGUGCGCCUGUCUUCCAACUGCCCGAAGCGGCCUUACUCAGCAAGCCCCACCACAGAGGCUGUCUCAGGAGGAAGAAUGCCAGCGGUAGUCCACCACCUUGCCAUUCGGAGUAGAUGCUGCAGAUGCUGCCAGGUUUCCACCAAAGUCAGUUUGACCAGGGCAGCAAUGAAGGGACUUUAUACAAUACUGACUCAGCCAGGAAAGGGAAAUAGGCGUGAACUUGUGACGAGGGAGAACACUAGGAAACACUUGAGAACCUGCCUCUAUUUGGAAUGUGCCUGAGAUUUGAUGCUCCAUCGAGUCAGGGUUUCAGGCCCACGCGUGGCACUGUACUUUAACCUGCAGUUUCUUCAAAAUGCCCAAAGCCUUGUUUCGUCUUACCUCAGGCUGCAACCCAGUCUAAGGAAGUCUGUGGGAAAGUAGCAUUUUAAGUUUUUAAAAGAAAAAGAAAUGUUUUUUCCUUUGUUUCAGUGUUUGGAGAUUUUCGUUGUUCUCCCCCUUCCCUGAAUCCAGUUCGGAACCAGUCUGUAGUAAUAUAAUUAGUGUUAAUCUGAGGGUUACUCAGCACAAUCGUUGCGGUCAUCUUUAUAGGCGAAUAAAUAAAAGCAACUGCAUCAAUGUUCCUAUGU